AUGAACUGGACGCGUGAAAUUGAGCAAUACAAACAAGUCGUUGCAUCAUAUAAAUUGAAGAUGAAGCGGAUGGAAAUGAAGAUCAGCGACAUAUCAGAAGAAAAACGUCAAUCAUCGAUGCUAUUCGAUCCUGCCGGAACUCAUUCGGAUGACAAAGAAGUUUGUGAAUACUGGAGAAUGAUUAAUUAUGUGGACCAAAACUUCAAUUUGAUUGGAGGAAUGAUAAAAAUGCAUCAGUACUGUUUGUCUGUGUACAAUAAAAGUGGAUCUGGAUACUUCCGUGAUGGAGCAAACUUCUUCCGAAAUGCGGAUCCAUUGAAUCUUUCCAACGAUAGCAAGAUUCCCAUCCAAAUGGUUUGCAUGAAUCUGUGGACCUGCGAAAAAAUCGAAAUCUGGUAUCGAGAUUUUUACUCGCAUCGUUACUUGGAGCAAGUCGAUGGCAAGGAAAAAUACGAUGAAGAUCAAUAUACAGUUUUUGACCAGUUGUUUGACAAUCUUGGCAGUGACGCGAGCACAUUGAUGGAGCAACAAAUCGAGCUCAUGAGAAAUUACUGUCAAGCGAAGGCUGAGCUUACAAACAUGGUGGAGUUCCAGAGAGGCGUUCGGUUUUGGAGAAUGGUGUCACCAAUUCAUCUGCCACGUAACUAUCAGCUGGCGUUGAUUCUUGCCAAGCGUAAUGGAUGGGUGCAUGAAGAUGUGGAGCGUUGGUUCAGAGUCUUGUACGACGAGUCAUGCUGUGUUGGAGCCCGAGGUCGUGAUGUCUAUCUAAAUUUCGGUCGUUGA